AACAACCCUAAAAUUUCUGGUUCACCUUUAAAAACAAAACAUUUCUACUAAUAGGAAUUUGAUUUGAAUCAUAGUCAGAUUCACAAAUAGAGUAUCGUACAAAUAAAAGGACAAAAGACCAUGCAUGUUUAUGUCGUGUGAAACAAAUCGUUCUCCUCCAUUUUUUUUGGCCUUUUCAAUCUAUCCCAUUUCCAGAAAAACGAAGCUUCACCACGUGUCUUCGGAGCUCCGGCCGCCAAUCCGCCUCUGGAAAUCCCGGGAACCCUUUUGUUCCUUUUCUCUGUUUAAAGCGGUCUUCUUCCUGUUUUGUUGGAGCUAUAGAUGUUAAAUGCUUGAACUGCGAUUUGGGGAAUUUUAUUGAUGGCAUUUUCACAUAAGCAAAUUGCAGAAAGCAUACAUGGGGUUUUCAACAUUCUUGGGGUUGAAAAAUGUGAAAGCUACUUACUUUUUGGUGGUGAAACUGCCCUGGGGAAUGGUUUUCGGGCCUUCUUAUAUUUUCUUGGUCUUGCUUACUGUUUCAUUGGGUUGUCAGCUAUUACUGCUCGCUUCUUCCGCUCUAUGGAAAAUGUUGUGAAGCAUACACGGAGAGUGGUAAAGAUAGAUCCUUCCACUAAUGCUGAAAUUGUUAAAUAUGAAAAGGUGUGGAAUUACACAAUUGCAGACAUUACACUCCUGGCCUUUGGUACUAGCUUUCCUCAAAUAUCAUUAGCCACUAUUGAUGCCAUACGAAACAUUGGCAGCCUGGUUGCCAGAGGUUUGGGUCCUGGCAUGCUUGUUGGUUCUGCUGCAUUCGAUCUAUUCCCCAUCCAUGCUGUUUGUGUUGUAGUUCCAAAAGCUGGAGAGUUGAAAAAGAUAUCUGAUAUAGGAGUUUGGCUAGUGGAGCUCUUUUGGUCAUUUUGGGCUUAUAUUUGGUUGUACAUAAUAUUGGAGGUAUGGACUCCAAAUGUGAUAACACUUUGGGAGGCCUUAUUGACAGUACUUCAAUUUGGAUUACUGCUGACUCAUGCUUAUGCUCAAGACAAGCGUUGGCCCUACUUGUCUCUUCCUCUGACAAGAACUGAGAGGCCAGAGGACUGGGUGCCAGCAGAAGCCACUUCUUGCAAAUAUGAGAGCAAGGUCUGUAAUGAGUACUCUGAGUUACAUCAAGUUGGUGAAGAUGAAAUCAAGGAUAUUGUUGAUAUUUUCUCCAUCCAUUCAAGAAGUGGGAAAGGUCCAGUGUAUGAAGAAGUUCCUAGCAUUGAUGAUGUUGCUGAAUCCUCCAACAGAUAUUCAUAUAAGCAAAACAAGAUCAAUUUAGAAAACUCUCAUGUGCUCAAACUUUGGAAACAGCAAUUUGCUGAUGCACUGAUGUUGGAGAGCACAGAAUCAAGAAAACUGAACAAUGUCUAUCUGCGACUAGCAAGAAUUUCCUGGCAGUUACUUCUUGUACCGUGGAGACUCUUGUUUGCUUUUGUGCCUCCUUACCAUAUUGCUCAUGGUUGGAUUGCCUUCAUCUGUUCUCUACUUUUCAUCAGUGGGAUAGCUUAUGUUGUAACUCAGCUGACAGAUCUUAUUAGCUGUGUCACAGGAAUAAAUUCAUAUGUUAUAGCAUUUACAGCAUUAGCAGCUGGAACUUCAUGGCCAGAUUUAGUGGCAAGUAAGAUUGCUGCUGAACAUCAGACAACAGCAGACUCUGCCAUUGCAAACAUCACUUGCAGCAAUUCGGUGAAUAUAUAUGUUGGCAUCGGCAUUCCAUGGCUGAUUGAUACAGCAUACAAUUUCGUCGUAUAUAGAGAACCAUUGCGGAUCCAGAAUGCAGAGGGCCUUAGCUUCUCUUUGCUUGUUUUCUUCGCUACUUCUGUAGGGUGUAUUGCUGUUCUGGUGUAUAGGCGUGUAACAUUGGGUGCAGAGCUUGGAGGGCCAAGGCUUUGGGCCUGGGUUACCUGUGUGUACUUCAUGUUGCUUUGGAUUAUUUUUGUUGUUCUUUCUUCCCUCAAAGUUUCAGGCAUCAUAUGAAAAGUUAUAAUCAAUGUUUUCUAUUUAAAUUUUACAGCAUAUUAUUAUUAUUAUUUUUUCUCUCCCCCAUCUCAAUAUUGUAUGCUGUAUGUAUCCAAUGCGUUUCCUUCUUUUUGCCUUGUCCCUUCUUUUGGGACUAAACUAUACUUCCCUUCAAGCGAAGGUUUUUGGAACUCUAGUUAUUAUGUAUUGAUAUCACAAAUUAAAGCCUUCUCUGCUGCUUUCAUUCUCUACAUGAAGUGUUACCACAUGAUCAAAAUACUGUUUCCGGAUGGUGGGCAUUCAUAAUUUUGAUCAACCACAACAACCGGAGCUCCAAGACUUUUGUUCUGUUCUGAGGACAAUCAUUUGACAAGAUACAUUUCUUUUAUUAAGACAGGUCACAGACAAACACAUGGUCAGAGGGGCCCAAAGAUUUGUCUUGCUGGUAGAUAGUGUCAUGUAUAAUUGCAUUGUGUUUUUCGUGCAUUAUUCAACAAGAAAAACAUUCAUUUGAUGCCUUUUGUUUUUAUCCCACUCAGAUUUUAGGCCAAAGGGUGAAAUCAAUUCCAAAAUAAACAAGA